CAUCAGCUUCAUAUCAUUUCAUCAUCGUCAGUUCUGUAGUAACGUAUGAAGUGGUUGGUUUGGUUGUGAUAAUUUCUAUUUUCUUCAAAAUACUUCUCGUUGGUGUUCAAUCUUUUCGUGGAGACUAUUCAAAAUUUACAUUGGACUGUGCUGUUGUAUCUUAACGUGGAAGAAAAUGUUAUCAGACACCUUGAGGAAAAAUUUUACUACUAUACACUGAGUUAAUCCAACGUUAAAUGUAGACACCAUGUAAGUGGAUGAGAAAUGACGUCAGAAGCGAAAGUGGAAACACUGCCGAAGUCGAUAAGGAGUAGCGGCGGAACAGUGCCACAGAUGUUCGGCAUUUACCGCGCUCGAACACCCGAUGAAAAACUGGACCCACCCUCACCAGGCAGACACACCAGGGCGCUCUUUCUCUCGGCAGUCGUCACAGGAGUCGCCCUUGUCGUUGGACUCACCUUGCUAGAUGUAUCAACGAAUUCAUCCAACUUGAAAUCAACACCAGUUCUACAUCUAACGAGGCACAGACAAGAUUUGUUUGUAGUUGAUGCUAGAGCUUCAGAGGCACCUGAUAUCCAAGGAACAGUGGAAGAGAUCAAUGAUACUGCUUCAGAACCAUCUGUAACAACAGUUGUAAAUAUAACGGAUAUUGUGACAACCGAAGUAGCAAACGAAGAAAAAUCAGAAAACAGUAAAGAAAAUAAUGAUAAGGUGAGAACAGCUAGAACUCAGCUAUUUCCUAUUGAAUCACUGAAGAGACACAGGACACAGUACGUGAAAGAUUACUUUGUUGAUGGGAAACAUGACCCUCAAUCUCUUGGUUACUAUAUUUUGCAGAAGCAGAAUGGGGAGUAUUAUUUGAGAAACUAUUCGGAACCAAUGUGGGGAACAAGAAUACGAAGACGUUUUAGUAAUCGUAUGUACCCUCCACCACCCCUUGGUGCUGACCCAUAUCAAUUCGCCAGAAGAAGCGACAAUUUUGAGACUCGCUACCAUUUCUAUGGAGGACCACCGAGGAUUGAUCGCUUCAGACAGCCUCCUAUUGAUAGAGUAGAUCAUGGCAAGAAAAACCUCCAAACUAUGACAACACUGAGGAAAUACUUCAACCCAUACAGUAAAAGGGUCGAGACAGGUUUACCUCAAACUUAUAGUGCUUUUGGCAGAUCUGAUAAACCAUUUGCGCCGACUCCAAACACUGAUGGUGAAGAUUCGAAUCCUCCUCAUUAUCAGUUCACACCUAUACCUGUGUUCUCCGAUGCUUAUGCACAGUUAGACCCUUACAAGAACAACAGGGAGAUCAAAAGUAUGAAAGACAUUGUGAAGUAUUUGACUACAAGCACAAGUCUACCCAGGCUUCAGAGAACCACAACAACGACAACAACGACUCAAGCUACAAUUACGUCUCUGGAAAGUUUUCAGAAUGAGGAGGGAGAAAAAGAAGAGGAUAGUUUUGAAGAUUUGUUGACAACCUCUUCAGCCGCAAAGGUUACAAGGUUGAAGCCACCAAGCAACACAAAUUUCAAUUGGAAAGAGCCCACCUAUCAGCCUCCUCCAAAACGUGUGAAUAGAAAACGAGGUAUGAGGAUUUCGGGAACUUAUAGGAUGCCAAUUGAGCCAGAAGAUCUGAGAACUGGAGCGUCAGGAUUGGUUGAGACAUUGGUGCCACCUCCAAUGCAUCCUUUCAUGUUCAUAGCAAACACAACAGAGCCGGACCCUUUUGCCAAGUUCCGACCAUUGGAUCCAUCAGAAAUCAACCAACUCGCUGCUCCGAGACCAUUAAGGCCUCCAGGAUCUAUGUUCAUGAACAAUAUCCGACCAAUAUCUGGUAAACCAAAUCAGUACUUCCCCAAACCACCUCAUGACAGAAAUCCUGUGCGUCAAGGAAUAUCGCUGAAUCCUAAUCACUCGCCUUCUCAUACUGUUGCUCUCUUCAAACAGAAUGGAUCAUCAGGGAGACAGAAGUAUCAUCAAUCAGGUUUUGGGAAGAAGAAGCCUGUCAGCGUCACACUUGACAUCUAUCCAAUGACAAUGGACAGCGAACAAGGUUACCAACAGGAUGAAGGGAUAGGACUUCCGAUUAAAUACGAUGAAAAACCGUUGAAUGAUGAAUGGAGUCCUCGCAACCCAGACACUAGCAAUGGACAACAAAUGGACUCACAAGGAUCAGAUAAUCACAUGGUUGUCCAUUUGAACGUUUAUCCGAAGGGGAUAACAUCAAAUUUGAGGACCGGCAUCGGAAGGCAAGCAUUUUGGAAUCCACCUCUUCCCAUAGCAGCGUAUCAGAAGAGAGCCAUGAGUGAUUCGUCUUUGAACACAACGGCUUCUCCAACCAAAACGCCCGAGAAGAUCAAUUCAACGAUAAUCGAGGACGACAUUUUGGAUGCUCCUUUUCUUGACUACGACUUUGACGAUCUGCCUCCAGCAUCCUACAAUAAUGGAGAAGAAAAUUCGAGCAAAAAUAAGACGACGGAUAAUGAAUACGUAUCCACCAGUGGUAGAACAAAAGAAGAAGACAAAAGCGCAGAUAACUCUAACUCAAUUCCGCAGUCGCAAAGAUAUGAUAGUGAAUUCAAUAGAACAUACAAUUAUUAUGAAGAGGAAGAGUUCCCUGUGAAUGGGGAUGGCAAUUCGCAUAAAACUGAGAAUUUCUUACUGGAUACUGUGAGACAAUCAGGGGAUUCCAGCUCAGGAAACAAUAACACCGGGGGUAGUGAAUCUGCUCCAGUUGAUUCAAAUGAAGAAACUUUUCGUGCCGAAUCCAAUGACAAAAACGGUAGCCAACUCGUAGGUUAUGACAACGUUGCAGCAUUAAAAGACGAUAACCGCUUUGUCGAAUCGACCAGUGAGUCCACGAGAUACCAAUAUAGACUUUUAACAGCUCCUGGUAACAAUGCUAAUAAUACAAUUAGUGAUUCCAAUCAAGUGAUAACUGACAGUUCGGUUGAAGUUGUAGGGAACUAUGACGAUUCAAAUCAUAAACUCACGCAAAUUAAUGGAACAGACAAUAGUGAGAAACCUAUUUUGAACGACUAUGAUCAACAUAAAGGAGAAGCAACCUAUGAUUAUGACUUGAACGAUGCCCCAUAUAAAGAUGAAUAUCAAGAUUACUUUGAAAAUGAUAGUGAUAGUAAAGAUUACCAAAAACAGUAACACUCCAUCACGAUUAUUCUGUGUAGAAUUAGGUUGUGAUUUUUAUUGAAAACACGAGAGGUAUUUAUCAUGAGAGAAUCGUGUAGAAUGAUGAAUUGAAUUUGAAGUAAUUAAAAUUCAACUUUGUAAAGCCUUUCUGUGCAAUACAUUGUUAAAAACUCUAAGAGUAUCACCUCCUAUCGCAUUUUUCUGAUAAAUAUAGGUUUUUAAUAUUAUUGUUGACUAUCUUUUCGAACAUAAUGUUCUUCUCUAAAGGUGCGUACAGAUAUACGCGAUCAUGAGCAAUUCCAUUUUAAUCAGUUGACUAUAUCUGUAUUUUUACAGAACCGGUAAGAUACAGAUAUAAAAAGCUUGGCAUCAGCUGAUUAAAAGUGAAUUGCUCAUGUUCGCGGCGCGUACCUAAAUCUGUACGUACCUUAAUUCGGACCGAACAGAAAGUUGAAUGUGUUUUGGAUAAAUUGAGGAGCUGAUUGAAUUGAUUAGUCGUCUGAAGUGUGAUUUGUUAAAGAAUAAUCAAUCCAAUUCUCUUAGAAUCUGAGGGUAUUUUGUACUUCUAUGAUUGUCCUAAAUUCACAAGAUUCUUACUAGAGUCAAAACUAAUAUUAAUUUAUGUAUUCUAUUGAUACCUGAACGUUCUCUAACUCCGUAUUUUUCUACGCUAUGGAUAACAGUUUUCUGUUUCUUAAUAAAUCCAUCGGAUUAUUCAUGUUGCUGCGUGCAAAUACUCUCAGUCAGGCUUUUAAUAUGAUUCCAAUACAUGUUCUGUUUCUUCUUGAGAAAGUCAAUGCAAACAUCCUUUCCAACUGUACAUCUUUAUAAAGUAGCUUCUUCUUUGCCGUACAACAGCCGGAUAACCUACACACCUAAGUCAAUACAUUCGACCUUUAAAAAUUGUAUCAUGGACUUUAUGGUGUUUGUAAUAGACAAGUGCCUUCAUGAUGAACUUCACUGUCAACUUUGAACUCGAUGAAGAGUUACCACAUUUUGUAAAAUUACUGUUGAAUAAAUGUGACGUGGAAAUUUCAUCCAUCACCCAUCUCUUCUUGGUAAUCUUGAGCGAAAUAACAAGGAAACCUGUCUUCUACUGAAGCCCAUACAUAUUUCAAACGGUUUUUCCUCUUCUCCAACUUCUAUACCUUCCUUCAACAUGUGAUAGAUUACAGCCGAAAGUGUCUGCGAACUUCCAAAACAUAGAACUUCUGCCAAACACAGACAAUUUGUUGGGAAGUAUCUAACGCUAGUGUUGCAGGGAUAAGUGUUUUUCAUAUCAUUUACCUGAUUUGUGAUGAUAUUUCGGUGAUUUAUAGGUUCCAAAAAACAAAUCAUUGUUUGAAGAAAACUGUUGUAUUGAGUAUAGUCAA